AUGGUUUGGGCACAUCAUUGCCACUUCUGGUCCCAAAAUAGUGACAUAAAAUACUGCACUGACGCUGAAACGCACGAGAGGGAUGAUUGCGCAUUCAUGCCAGAUGAUAAUGGGGAGCGGGACCCGAAUAUCUGCAAGGAUGUCGGAGUAAUGGCAAAGUUGAACAUAUGCACUGCUAAGGGCGCAGAAUUACCAAAGAGAGACGCACAUCUCCUUAAAGAUAUCGGUCGUGACGAAUUGCCUUUUGAUCUGCACUCUGAGAUGUGUCUCUCUCUGGCGGCCAGUUGGCUAGAUAAAUGCUGCCGGAAGCAUGCAAAAUGCGAAGGAUACAAAGAUGGAGCGCAUUCUCUUCCCACACGUGUCAUUGACGUAGGGGACUCACUCACACAACCACAUUUACACGUCAGUGCAGAUGGUGAAACUGGGAAGUGGGCAGCAUUGAGCUAUUGCUGGGGCGGAGACUCCAACUUCACUCUCAAUGCCUCGUCUUUCGACGAUCUCCGCAGCGGACAGUCUCUGGCGACUUUUCCAGCCACUCUACGGGACGCUGUCCUCGUGACAAGAGCACUGGGAUUCCGCUACUUAUGGAUCGACUCCCUCUGUAUCUUUCAAGAUAACAUUAAUGACUGGGCGGUCGAAGCCUCGAGAAUGAGCCGCAUCUACAGACAUGCAGCUGUCACCAUUGCCGCUACGAGCGCAGAAACGGCGGACGCUGGUUUCCUAGACAAAAGGGCACCGUAUUAUAGCUGCCCUUUCCCUUGGCGUCGAAGAUCCCACCAAGGUAGCGUCAAUGAUGCUUCCCGAGCGUAUCCUGUUGUUCUUCGGAGUUACACGGAUACGUUUAACAAGGAGCCGGCACGGUCUUCGCGCUGGGCUACCAGAGGCUGGACAUUCCAAGAGGAAUUACUAUCGAAACGAAUCUUGUAUUACACUAAAGAAGAGAUGGUCUGGAAAUGCCGCGCUGUGACGUUCAGGGAGCCAGAAUUGAAACCCACUACUACUUCUUACAUAGAGAUACCACCGCCAUUACCGGUUCCUCUGCCUAAGCCAGAACAACUAUACGCAGAUUCCAUGUCAGAUCCCUAUCGGAUUUGGUACCUGCUGCUGGAAAUUUAUGUAUCACGGGAUCUCAAAUUCGAUAGAGAUCGCUUGCCGGCGAUCGAAGCAUUGGCCGAGUUCUUCCAUGCACAGUUUAGAGAACAGUACUGCGCGGGAUUGUGGAGGGAGGACCUCCGAUUUGGCUUAUUAUGGAGCAUUCACCGUAAUGGGCACUACCCAGGACCGCAUGCUGACACUGCUAAACGCUCUGAGGUUCGGAACCUCAGCUACCAAUACAAACAUAAUAAAGAAAGAUAUGCUCCGGUGGGUGUUUCUUCGAAGCAACGCAAGCCGUCCUGGAGCUGGAUAGGGGCAGAUAAUUAUGUCGAUUUGAAGUGGCCCCAGUUGGGACAGUUGAGAUGGCUGCAGGACUAUACCUAUUUUGCCUUUAUUCUUGAUUUUAAGGUCCAUGGCCAGCUUCAAGGCGUCUUCGGCCAUGUAGAGGGCGCGGAACUUACCCUAGAGGCGCCGUAUCGGCACCUCCAUUUGAAACUCGAUGGCUAUUCCAAGUCCCAAUGGAACCCCGUGAGGGUUGCACAGAGAGCCCUUAUGCGACCUAGUCCAUUGCCAAGCCUGAGGGAGCUGGCGCAGGUCGCCCUUGUGAGACCUGGCUACCUCGCAGGAACGGAAACGAGCGGCUCUGUUAUCGUUCCGAGCAGCAGUACGGAUUUCACUUUUAUCCGCAUCGCAGAAGAGACUCGAACUGUUCCACCAGCGCUAUAUCUCCUCAUCCUACAGCCUCAACCGAGAAAUGCAACCAACAACAGGGGACCACAUCAUUAUCGUAGAGUUGGGUUGCUGCGGCUUAGCCCUCACAGAUACUACGGUUCCGACUCUGUCAGAGUGGCGGUGACAAAACGCUUGGAGAGUGAUGCCUAUAAGGAAGUUACUUCAGAGAAGUGGCCAGUCGGAACCUUUGUAAUUGACUGA